CGGAGCGUCGCAACUUUCGGUAGUGGUGGUGCCUGUGCUGCAGCAGUAGAAGAUAUGGCGGAACUUUUGCAACAAGCUUUGGAAAGGAUUGAGCUGAACAAGAUCCCUAAAGCUCUCCAGAACAAACUCGAGAAGUUCCUUUCAGACCAGCAGGCAGAAUUAGAUUCCGUCAAAACAUCCCAUGAGCGAUACAAAGCUGACUGCGAGCAACAGUACUUCAAUGUUGAGAAGAAACUGAACGAGACACAGGAACAGCUGGUGUCCCAUGGCAAAGAAUACCAAACUGUCAAGGAGGAGAACAGCCGACUAACUGAAGAGCUAAAGAAACUAAAAGACACUGAGGAGGAGGAUGGAUCGUCACAGCAGGGUAAACCUCAAAAAGCCAAAUAUGAGCUUGAGGCUGAAAACCGGGAGUUGUCACGUCUGCUUGAGAAGAAAUCACAAGAGGUGGAAAAUCUUGGUGAGGACGUUAAACGGCUCAGUGACAAACUAGUGGAAACCAGUGCAGUGAAGAUGGAGCUUCAGCUCAAACUGGAUGAGCUCCAGUCAUCUGAGAUGUCUAUUCAGCAUCGAGAGAAGCGAAUGGAGCAGGAGAAAGAGCUCCUGCAAAACCAGAACACGUGGUUAAACUCAGAACUGAAGAGCAAGACAGAGGAGCUGCUCAACGUGUCCAGAGGGAAGGGUAAAGAGAUCCUGGAACUCAAGUGUUCUUUGGAGAACAAGAAGGAUGAGGUGACCAGACUUCAAGAUGAAAUGGGUGCACUUAAGACCAUAAGUGAAAACCUGCAGAAAAACACUGAGGCCCUGUUGACCAAACUGGAAGAGGAGAAGGACCAUCGCACUGCCAUGGAGGAAAAAUAUCGGAAUGAGCUGAAUGCCAACCUUAGGCUCAGCAACUUGUACAAGGACUCAGCUGCUGAUUUGGAGGCCAAGAACGGAGAACUGAAUAGAGCUGUGGAAGAGCUUAACAAACUGCUAAAGGAGUCAACAGAAGCUAACAAAACUACAGAGAAGAAGUUAUCUGAUCUGGAGGGCUCGCAAAGCAAAAUGGAGGAUGAGCUUCAGGAGAAGAUCAGGAACCUGGAGAAAGAGUUAGAGAAUGCCAAUACGAGCCUCACCAACUUCAAGAGAAGAGGGGUUCCAGCUCUCACCGAAGAGGAGCUGACCAACUUGUCUCCAACUGCAGCUGCUGUGGCCAAGAUAGUGAAACCUGGCAUGAAGCUAAUGGAGCUCUAUAAUGCUUUUGUGGAGGCUCAGGACCAGCUGCACCUGGAAAAGCUCGAAAAUAAGCGUGUCAACAAGGUGCUGAAUGAGAUCGUGCAGGAGGUGGAAACCAAGGCACCUGUCCUGAAGAGGCAGAGGGAGGAGUAUGAGAACAUGAAGAAGUCCAUGGGCAACCUCUGUGCUAAGCUGGAGCAAGCUAUGAAGGAGAUCGACAAACUGCAGAAGGAGACAGAAGAGGCAAAUAAGCGAGCAUCUGUGUUGGACAGAGAGUGGCAGAGGGCUAAAAAACAGAUAGCAGACAUGUCUCAGCAGGUUCGUGUGUUGCUAGUGGAGCUGGAGGAGGCUCGGGGCAACCAGGUGGUGCGUGAGGACAUGGGCGCAGCAGUGAGUAGCAGCUCAGAAGUGCUGGGCCCACACCAGGUGGCCUUCCGUAGUUUGGAGGAGCUCCAGCAGCAGAACCAGAACUUGCUGGCCCAGAUCAGAGAGCUGGAGGAGCAGCGGGAGAGAACGGAGAGUGAAGCCAAGACGGCCAGGCAAAUUGAAUUGGAGAAGAGUCUGGAGCAGGUGCAAAAGGAGCUGGAUCUGCUGAAGGAGCAGAUGAACCAGCAGAAACAGCUAGCCAACUCUGCCAAGAGACAGAGAGACAUGUACCGCAUUCUGCUGCAGACUACUGGGGUUGAACUACCGCCACAGAGCUCGGAGGGAGAGUCCCAGACUGCUGCACCCAGCAGGCCUGGUAGCACGCCCGGUAGCACGCCCGUACGGUACACCCCAGUCCGAGCUGCAGAUUCAGCCCAGGCCAUGCAAGCUAAAGCGGCUUUCAAGCAGCUGAAUGAUGCCUUUAUGACAUACAAGAAGGAGAAGGCAGAGAAUGACAAGCUACUGAAUGAGCAGAAUGAGCGACUGCAGAGACAGGUGUCGGACUACAUCUCCCAGAAGGCCAAGCUCUCCUCUCAGCUUGAGUUUGCCUCUAAGCGGUAUACAAUGCUUCAGGAAAAUGUGAAUGGGUAUAGAAGAGAGAUUGACUCCCUGCGGGAGAAGGCUCAGAUGCUGUCUGCCACUUCCCAGAAGUAUGAACAGAUCAUCCACACCAUGACACAGGACCUAAGAGAAGCCAAUGAGAAGCUAGCUGUAGCGGAGGUGCGCUGUGAAAACGUCCGUAAGGAACGUGACAUCCUGAAGCAGGUGGAGAUCAGACUGACCCAGGAGAAGGAGUCCAUACUGGCAGAGCAGCGUGGCCAGAACCUGCUGCUCACCAACCUCAAAUCAAUCCAGCUGACAAUGGAGCGCUCGGAGGCGGACACCAGACAGCGCUACAUCAACCAGGUCGGACAACUGGAAAAGGAGAUUGCUCAGCUGAAGAAGAGGCUUGAACAGGAGGUGGAGCAGAGACACGCACUGGAACGCAAGCAAGAUACCCAGUUAGUGGAGGCCAAAAAGCAGUUAGCAGCCCAGAGCACUCUGCACCAGAAGACGAAGGACUUGCUGAAGAGUGCGGAGCAGCAGCUGUCCACACUGAGGCAGCAGCUGAACAACGGCAACCAGAGUAACACGGGCAGACAGCCUGUCAAACCGCCAGCUACAGCUCCUGGGGUCCCACAGCAGGAGGUGGAAGAGCUGCGAGCCCUUCUGCAACAGGCUGAGGAUCAAAACGCUGACCUGAAGGAGCGUCUGAAGAGCACCACGGAUAAUGUUGAGGAGUACAGGACCAUGUUAGUCAGCCUGGAGGAGUAUAUCAGCAAGGAGAAACAGGUGGCAGAGGAGGCAUGCGCUUCCGUGGAGAGCCAGCUGAAGGAAGCCCAGGAGCUGAACAAGCAGCUGGAGGCCCGACUGGAGGAGGCCGAGCGGGAGAAACAGGAACUGCAGGAGGAGAAGCUUAAAUCUGUGGAGAAUGUGGAGAAACAUGUGAAGGAGCUGAAGCGGAGUGUGACGGACAUGCAGACAGAACUGCAGGAAGCGCUGCAGAGAGCCACGACCGCCGUGGGCCAGGAACAGCGAGCCCUGCAGGACAGCCAGCAGCAGGCUAAGAUGGCAUUUGAGGCGCAGGGUAAAUAUGAGCGGGAGCUCAUGUUGCACGCUGCCGAUGUGGAGGCCUUGCAGGCUGCUAAAAAGCAGGCCCAGCAGGCAGCGAGCACCAUCAAAGAGCUGCAGGAGAAGGCCCAAAAGGCUGCAGCUGAGCUCCAGCAGGGGCAUGCAAGCUGGGAGCAACAGGAGAAGAACCUGAAGGAGGAGCUGGCCAAGCAGCAGCAACGAGUGGUGGAGCUGCAACAGCAGAACGGUAUGCUCCACCAACAGAUGGAGAGCCUGAGCAGCAAGAUGGCCUUCACAGUUCAGCAGCAGGCAGACCCUGAGGGCAGUCUGAACGUGUCUCUGAAUGAGGAGGGCAAGACCCAGGAGCAGAUCAUGGAGAUCCUCAGGUUUGUGCGUCGGGAGAAGGAGAUAGCCGAGGCACGGUUCGAGGUUGCACAGGUAGAGACCGAACGCUACAAGCAGCACAUGGAGCACCUGGAGAAAGAUCUGAAGGAGCUUCAAGACAGUCUGACGUCCGAGCGAGACAAACUGCAGGCGACUGCGAAGGCCAUGGCUCAGCAGGAGGAGAAGCUAAAGAGGCUGGAGGGUGUGAACGCUCUGAAUGAGACCAACAAACUGCUGAAGGAGGAGAAGAACAGGCUAGAGCAGGAGCUGCAGCAGAACCGUGCCAAGAUGCGCAAACUAGAGGCGGACAUACGCCCCCUACAGGAGAAUAAUGCAGAGGUGAGUGAGAGGAACGGCUUGCUGGAGGCUGAGAAGAGGCUGCUGGAGGAAGACGUCAAGCGCUGGAGGACCCGUACACAGCAACUGGUGAGUCAGCAGAAGGACAGCGACCAGGAGGAGAGUAAGAAGCUCCAGAUGGAGAGGGAGACCCACCUGAAACGCAUCCAGCAGCUGACCGAGGAGACGGCCAAGCUGAAGAGUGAGCUGGCCAGGGCGAAUGCCUCGGCGUCGGUGGCGCAGAAUCAGGGCCAAAACCUGAAGGACAGCAUGGGCAAGCUCACAGCCGAGAGAGACGUCCUGAAGAAGGAGCUUGAGGCCAAGGCUCUGGACAUCCAAGAGAAACUCAAAACCAUUGUGCAAGUGAAGAAGAUCGGGCGACGCUACAAAGCCCAGUACGAGGAGCUCAAAGCGGAACAAGAGAAGAUGGUCAAAGAGGCAGCAAAGGCUCCUUUGCCUGCCCAGGAGGAGGAGGCCCAGAAGGAGGCACAGGUGCAGCAGGAGAUUGAGAGCCUGAGGAAUUCCCUGAGCCAGGCUCAGAGCAGAGCCACAGAGCUGGAGGGGCAGGUGGACAGCCAGCAGAAGGCAGCAGGUGAGCGUGAGGCGGAGUUGAAGAGCCUGCAAGAGCAGCUGGCACAGGCUCAGCCGGAGCUGACGCGCCUGCGUGCCCAGCUCCAGGAGAAGAGUGCCCAAGAGGAGCAGCUCAGGCAGCAGAUCGCCGACAAGGAGGAGAAGACCAAGAAGGCUUUUAUGGGCGCCAAGCAGAAGAUCCACCAGCUCAAUAGUGCGAAAGAGCAGCUGGCGCAGGAGAAUGAGGAGCUAAGGCAGCAGCGGGAGGAGCUGGAAGUGAGGCUGAGUGCGCUCAAGUCUCAGUACGAAGGCCGGCUGAGCCGGCAAGAUCGUGAGCUGCGGGAGCUCCGCGAGCAGCAGGAGAGACACGGGGAGCCGAGGGACGACAGCCUGGAUCCUGGAGCCAUCAAGACUCAGGAGCAACAGAGGCCUUCUGAAAGCAGGCAGAUCAACCUGAAGACCACACCCACAGCCGACAGAGGAAGUGCCACUUCUACAGAACCCCCUACAGCUAACAUCAAGCCCACUCCUGUAGCUGGUGCAGCUAGCAAACCCUCACCAAUCCCAGGCAGCAAGUCCACCCCCAGAGCCAGCAUCCGGCCAAUGAUUACACCGGCACCUGUGACCACGCCCACCGCUACGGUCAUGCCCACAGCACAGGCUGAGACACAAGAGGCUCUGCGUGCCACCAGCCCCAACGUGCAGAGCACCCAGCCAAUCCUUACCCUGCAGCAGAGCCAGGUCACGGCCUUUGUCCAGCCCACUCAGCAGCAGGCCAAUCAAGAGCCGCCAUCAUCCGUGAUGGAGGCAGUGCAUAGCUCUCAGAUGGAAAGGCCGUCCACCUCUACUGCCGUGUUUGUAACAGACCCAUCUCUGCAGAAACGUGUGCGGGAGGAGGUGCUGGAGAGCUCCACAGAAAUGACUGACAGCACACAGGACAACCAGACCGAGGCGCCCCCGCUCAAGAAGAUCCGCUUCGUCCAGAGAGUCGGCCUGGAGGAGGAUGUGGGCACUGAGGAGAGCAGCGACGCGGAGGCUGAGUCUCCCAGAGACACGCAGGAAGCUCCCGACAUCGGGGAGGAGGGCUACCCUACGGGUGUGGACGAAUCCUUCUCCCAGUCUGUCCCCAUGGAUCAGGUGAGCGAGUCCCAGCUCAGUGCGCAAGACUCGUCCGAGGAGCACAGGCACGAUGUCAUCCUCAUCGAGUCUGACAGUGACACAGAGGUAGAGGAGGAAGUCGAGGAAGAGCCUGGACAGCAGUAUGGAGAGGAGGAGGAGGAGGAGGAAGAUGGAGAUGGUGCAAUGGCAGAAAGAGAGGAGAGCAAUGAAGGCAGUGGCGAUGUGACCGAGCCUUUCGAGGGGAAUGCUACUGAGACAGUUGAGGCUACUGACCCAGGCACUGAGAACGAGGAGAGUGAAGGAGCAUCAGACUCCAUCCAGAAACAGGCUGAUUCUCAGAGCGGUGGUGAAGCCGGCGGCAGUGCCCCAGAGCUGUGCGCGGUGGCCGAGACGGCCAGGGAACUGCAGCUUGCCCCUAGCGUGGCCAGCACCACGGCCUCUCUGGGGCCCCGGCCGCCCCAGUCUCCCCGCCGGCCCCACCACACGCCCCCGCCCCGGCUAAAUAUCCACCCCGUGCCAGAGCUUGGUCCCCCGCUCGUGCAGAGGCAGCCCGGCCAGAGCAGACGCCUGUCAAUGAGCCGCGCACCCCAGCUCACACCUGGAAUAGGAAGCAUGCAACACUUCUUUGAUGAUGAUGAUAGGAUGGUUCCCAGCACACCGACCCUCAUGUUACCACACCGCACAGACGGCUUUGCUGAGGCUAUUCAUUCUCCUCAAGUUGCUGGAGUCCCUCGGUUCCGUUUCGGCCCCCCCGAGGACAUGAUUCCACAGGCGAGCUCGUCUCACUCUGACCUGGGUCAGCUGGCCUCUCAGGGUGGUUUGGGCAUGUACGAGAGCCCUCUCUUCCUGGCUGCUCACGAUGAGGAGUCUGGAGGCAGGAGUGUUCCCACCACUCCACUGCAGGUCGCAGCUCCAGUGACUGUGUUCACGGAGAGCCAACCGUCUGAUGGGGCGGAGCCAGCUUCCCAGUCGGUGCCCAUGGUCAGCACGUCCACAGUAGGCCUGACACUACCAGGGGAGGCUGUGGCCGGAGACGCUGGAGAUGACGGAGAUGAUGUUUUCAUGGCUGAAGCAGAGAGUGAAGGGACAAGCGGAGAGGCGUCGCAGGAGAGCCAGCCAGAGCUGGAGUCUGCUCAGCCUUCAGAUGACGCCAGCCUGCCAUCGACCAGCCAAGAGCCCACCUCCAGCUCCGCUCCGGACACCAGCAGCAGUAGCAGCCAGCAGUCCAAGCCUGCAGACAGGCACCUGACCCAUCUGCAGCCCCCCCGGAGAGGUCAGCUCAUCAGGAGAGGUAUACCCUAUCCCCGGGGGGGACGAGGGCGGUCGCUCAAGAGGGGUGCUCGGUUCUGAGGGCCUGUCCCACCCCUGCAGCUGUGGAGCCACUCCCUCUGCACUAGAUUCACACCGCAAAACCAGAGCACCCGCUCGGUUCCCCUUUUUGUAAAUUUUGUACAUUGCUUUUGUCCACCCAUUUAAGUUUACCAUGCUGAUUCAAUUUAGUUUUAAUGUUUUGUACUUUGUGAAUAACGACUCUGUUGCUGUUGAAUGUUUUUGCUAAUAAAUGGUAACAUGCAGCUUA